GCUUCUAGGAGGUCAAUUAUAUCCGAUACUUGACGACAUCUUAGUCACAUUGUAUUAGUCAAUGCCAGGUACACGAGUUCGGAUCUAGACCACCCACUAUGAAGGACGAGCAAAUUGUCGGCGCGGCCUUGGCCGAAGUGCUUCCGAAGACGGACAAGUACUGGUUCCAGCAGCCGCAUCUGCUGAGAUUGAACUUCUUGCUUUUGGUCCCACUGCUGUCCUCAUCAGUAUCAGGAUACGAUGGAUCGUUGAUGAACGGCCUCCAAUCACUGCAACAAUGGCGAGAGUACUUCGGCAAUCCUACUGGAGUAAAGCUUGGAGUCGUCAAUGCUGCGCAAUCCAUUGGAUCCGUACUGGCUCUGCCCAUUGUCGGGUAUCUGGCGGAUCGCUUCGGUCGAAAGCCGGUCCUCCUUUCGGGCAUCAUCCUCAUUAUCAUCGCUACGAUCGUCCAGUCCGCCUCAAUCAACUUGCCCAUGUUCAUCGUCUCGCGUUUGCUCGUAGGGUCCGGCGGCAUGUUCGUCGUACACCCUAGUCCAAUGCUCAUUGCCGAGUUGGCCUACCCGACGCAUCGCGGGAAGUAUACCUCGGCUUUUUGGACCAUGUAUUAUCUCGGCGCGAUUCUGUCCUCCUGGGCGACUUUCGGAUGCCAAGACUACCAGACCGAGUGGGCAUGGCGGAUCCCCUCCAUCCUUCAAGCCGGAUUCCCGCUGGUUCAGCUUUGCUUCUAUGCCUGGGUCCCCGAAUCUCCCAGAUGGCUGGUUGCAAGCGAAAGAACGACAGAAGCCGCCGCGAUCCUCGCCAGGUAUCACUCAGGCGUGCAAGACCCAGCGGAAGGCCACACGCCCCUUGUCCGCCGCGAAGUUGCGGAAAUUGUACAGACGAUUCAACAAGAAAAGAAUGCAGAGACAACCGGAUGGAUGGCUCUUGUGGCCACUCCCGGAAAUCGGAAGAGAACGCUGAUCGCUGUUUGCGUCGGAGCCUUCGCCCAAUGGAACGGGAUCGGCGUGGUGUCGUAUUAUCUGACUCUCGUCCUCAGCACCGUCGGCAUCACGGACACCUUUACCCAGACACUGAUCAACGGCUUGCUGCAAAUCUUCAACUUUGGUGCAGCCCUCGGCGCUGCGUUCCUCGUCGACCGCCUUGGCCGCCGGACCCUGUUUCUGUGGUCCGGGGCGGGUAUGUUGGCCAGCUACAUCGUCUGGACGGCCUGUUCAGCCGUGAACACGGAGACCGGAUCUAAGCCUGCCGGUAUCGUAGUCGUGGUUUGUCUAUUCACCUUUUACUUCCACUACGACAUCGCAUACACCCCGCUCCUCUUGGGGUAUCCGACCGAGAUAUUCCCGUACUCUCUGCGUUCCAAGGGCAUCGCGCUCGAGCUGUUUGCGAUCCACGGGUCGUUGAUUAUCGCCGCGUUUGUCAACCCGAUCGGGCUCGAGAAUAUCGGAUGGAGGUACUACAUCGUUUUCUGUUGUCUACUGGUGGCCUUCUUCGCUGUUACGUGGCAUCUGUUUCCCGAGACGAAGGGGCACAGUUUGGAGGAGAUCGCCGUGAUCUUUGACGGACCCCAGGCCGUUGAAGACUUCGAAGGCAGCUCUGACUCGAAGGAGGAGAAGAUCCUAGCCAAGGGCGGGAUUCAUGAUGUUGUACACAGGGAACGGGCGUAGAAGGCCGAUUUACUGGUAAUUAUACUACAUUCAGAAUGUCGAGAAGCUGCAUCGUGGGCGGCAAUGCUCGAGACUUUGAAUGAUUGUUCCGGGUGCAGGUUUUGCAAAGUUGAUGCAAAUGCUACCCGGUAUGCACUGGUACC